AUGGGUGAUAUCACUUCGAUAUCAUUAGAAGAAACUAACAAAAUUCGAGCUAGUCUUGGACUAAAGCUUAUCCCAAUUCCUGUAAAUAAUGUGCCGAUUGAACAUGAUAAAGAGGUACAUACCCUAAAGAAAAAAGUACGAACAAGUCAUCCAGAAACUACUACUUACGAAACUCAGCAUACCUAUGAGCAUGAAAGACUUAGAAACAGGAUUCAAGAAUCAAAAAAGCAUCUUGAUUCUUCUCAUGGUAAUAGAGAAAUCGAAGACGUUGAAAGUAUUGAUGACUGGCUUGCGAAUGUUGGUAAAGAGUCAACAAAUAAAGGAAACACUUUACCCCCUGCCGUCAAGUCGAAGAAUACAUUUGGAGUAUCGGAAAAUGUUACAGAUAUUACUAUACCAAAUGAGCUCAAGACUUUAGUGGAUGAGAAGCCAAUAAUCUUAACACUAAAGGAUACGACUGAAAACGAUACCAACGGUGAAGAUGGGUACGAAGAUAUUUUAGAAAAUGAGAAACAUUCUCAUGAUAAACAAGAUGCAGAAAACCUAAAACUACGACAGCUCAAUAAAAACCGUAGAUUGGGUAAAGUGUCGCUAUAUGAUUACGAAAGGGAGGAGAAUGAAGAUGAUGUUUUAAGGGAAAUGGAAUCAAUAGCAGGAACUCAGUCUAGUUCGAAUAAAAUAAGAAUAGAGAGUGAUAGUUCGGAUGAAGACAACGUAAUUCAGGACUAUGCACCAAUCAAACUAAAAAAGAGGAAAAAAAUAUCCGCAAAUCAAACAAAACCUAGGAAAAUUGACAAUAACAAAAUGAUGAAGGUUGAUCUUGUAAAUUUGGAUGAUGAUGUUACCGAAGAGCCUCCUCAAAUAUUGUUCAAGGUGAAACGUAAACCUCAGAAAGCAGAAGAAAAUGAGGCAAAUAUCCAGCAAGUAAACCAUCAUGAUAAUGCAAAGAAAAUGGGAAUUCAUAUUUUAAAUAACUCUAAAGAUGGGUUUAUUUUCGAUGAUACUGAUGAAUUCUUGGACUCACUCAAAGGAGAUGUUCUUAAAAGAGAGUCAGAAACUCGACCAAUAAAAAUAGAUUUGAAGAACCCACAGAGGACUCAGAGUGAAAUGACCCCAGAAACCUCAACGUCCGAAUGGAAAGAAGGAAAAGAGAAAGAGUUAGACUUUUCCGAAGGUGUGGCAGGAAUGAUAUCCUUUUUGAAAGAGAAAAAUAUACUCAAAAGCCAGAACGGUAGUGGUCAAACAUCUGGCAGCAAGACUGUAAGGAGUGGAAUGGUGAAUUUAGAAGAGGCUAAAACUCUGAGAUCUAUCGACACUUCCUCUAAAGAAUUGAGCAGUCAUCUAAAUUCUCAGGCAAUGGAUCUUUCAGAGGAGGAAUCACGGAAGGUUCAACUCUCGAAUGAGGAAAACAUUGCUUCUAAAUUACAUAGAAUACAAUCUGAAAAAUUACAAAACUAUAAUCCAAAUGUGGAAUUAUCUUAUAGAGACUCGGAAGGUAAUGAGCUAACAACAAAAGAAGCAUAUAAGAAACUAUCUCAAUCCUGGCAUGGUACAAAAUCAAACAGAAAAACCAUAGAGAAACAACGGAAAAAAAUUGCUCAACGUAGAAAUGUUAUGGAAAAAGAGUCAUUGUUUGAUGAUUAA